UAAUCCUUGCAUAGACCAUACACUUGUCAUUCUUUCUUUGCUACCCGUCAGUCGUUGCUCUCUACUUAAUAUUCGCCAUGGAGGCGAUCCGAUCAUUCGCCAGCUGCCUCUGGCAGUCCGCCACAUUCUGGAAGGUCACCGCCGUCUUCUUCGCCCUGCUCAACCUGAAGAAUCUCCCCAUCGUGUGGCAUAUCCGCGUUUACCGCUACUUCUUCAAAUAUGGCUACCUCAUCACCCCCGCCGUCGAACAACCCGCCCUCCCCUCCACCGACGUCCUCAAGCCCAUCAGCAUCUUCUCCCGCGCCCCGAUCAUGGAACUCGACUUCAACAUCCACAAGUCCAACUCGACCUACUUCUCGGACCUCGACGUCUCCCGUACCGCCCUGAUGUCCAGCAUCGUCGUCAAGGGCGCCGCCCUCCUGGAAAAGCGUCUGGGCGAACAAGGCAAGAAGGGCUUUCUCGGCUUCAUCCUCGGAAGCGUCUACACCACGUUCAAGCGCGAGAUCCCCGCCUACACCAAGUACGAGAUCAAGUCGCACGUCGCGAGCUUCGACCAGAAGUGGAUCUAUAUUGUCACGUACUUCCUGAAGCCGAGCACGGGCUCUUCCAAGAAACGUCAGGAUGACCCCGAGGUGUUCCGGAAGAGACUCUAUGCUAUCUCGAUCAGCAAGUAUGUUCUCAAGAAGGGACGGUAUACCGUUCCGCCCAAGGACGCGUUCGAGGCUGCCGGGUACACGCCUUUCCUGUUUUCUGCGACAGAGAACGGCCAGGCUACUGGGGUUGAGAAUGGGAAUGUCAAUGGUGAGGCGGUGCACCGGAAGGAGGCUGCCGCUGCGGAGGUUGACUCGGAUGUGUGGGAGCGCUUGAAGGCUGAGAUCGAUCGCGGCUUGGAUGUCGUGAGGCCGAUCAUUGAGCAGGAGGACAGGCUCAUGGAGGAUUUCGAGCAUAAGAUGAGCAGCCCUGGGUUUGUUUAGGGGGAUUAAGUGUGGGGGUUUUUAACUAUACAUAGAUCUACGAUGCAUAUAUUAGAC